CGAGGAGCUGCGGCGCCGGAUGCUGGAGCCCGAGAUCGGCGCUUACUUCAGCCAGCUCGGCAUGGACGUCGACGAGGUGGGCAAGUUGUUCUUCCUCCUGGACCGCGACAAAUCGGGGGCCAUUGACCCCGAGGAGUUCAUGUUCGGUUGCCUGAAGUUCCGGGGCGAGGCCAAGAGCCUGGACAUCGCCGUGAUGCACCAGCAGGUCUUGUGGAUCCACGAGGCCCUGAAGGUCGUCGUGUCCGCCCUCGGAAUAUCCGACAGCCGCGUCUCCCACAUGAGCGUUGCCUCCUCGAGGGGUCUCACGAGCGAGGCGCCCAAUGCUGUCCCCCCCGGCGGGGCGGACGGUGCGGCGAGCUGGGACGGCCAGUGGGCCCCGGGCAGCGCCAAGAGCGCCAUGGGGAGCUGGGACCUCUCCAGCGAGUGCGGGACGCCGGCAUGUACCUCGGAGCGAGGCACGGGCUCCGACGGCGCCGGCCAGAGCGCGGGGUACCACAGUGUCAACCACGUGGAGUGA